AUGUCAUCGGUCUCAAAAUGGAGUGCGUCCGCUCGCGAGGAGACCAGGAAGAAUACAUCGAACUCUGAGAAUAAGAAUGAAGAUCUUCGAACGAUCGAUGUUAUUGAGACAUAUUUGGACGGUGGACGGUCGGCCUACAGAAGUGCACACACUAUAGCGACCAUCUAUGAACCACGUCUCAAGAGUGGGCAAAGAGAUGAUGUUGCCAAUCUGUGGUUAAUCAUCAAUGAAGCAGCCAGGUCAAUCAGUGGCCCGUCACCAGCACGGCUGGCUAAUUUGAUCAUUUCUAUCACUCGUCAACCAGAUGUCCUUUCUCAUUCUGGACAUGGCGUCAGACGUAUGAACGGGACAUUUUGGCGAGAUCUGCCAGACUGGGGUCAAAUGUUCAGGGAGUAUGGCUGGGAAAUUGAUCCACCGGAUGGCAAUGAUGCAGAAUGGCAUGCUCAGGCUCCGCAGCUACUCAACAUAACGACAUUUGCUGCGACGCUGAUGCUACGAUCGGACGGAUGCCCGGAUUUGUCAUUUUUUGCAAGUAUUGCAAUGGAUGAAGGCGUAGAUCUGCCAUAUGACAGCAAGCGAGAGUUACACGAAGAGUGGCGUAUGUACGUGCCACCUGCGGCAACCUGGAUAAUGGUAGCUGGAAGCAAGAUUCGCGAGCUUUGUUUUGUGGACGAGCUUCCCGAAGCCGCCAACCGACACAGUGUGAGAUCUCACUGGGGAGGAAGAACAUACUGUCCAGCUAGAUGGAGGUUUUGGAAGCAAAGAUUUGACGAAUUGGCAAGGGACACAUCCAUAGACGAGAGGUGUCAAGACUUCGCGACGCAAGCUGCUAGGGCUAUGGAAAGGCUUGAUGAUGGGACAUAG